GGAGAGCAUUUCCUAGAUACCGAGUAGGAGGCGUGUGGGGCUUCAUUCAGAUGCACCGCGGACGGAUCGGGCGGAGCUGAGCGCCGAAGAAAGCGGCAGAGAGGACGGCGUCUAAGGAGGGGGGCAGAUAAGCCAAGCACCAAAAAAGCCCUUUUGUUUAGCGGGAGAGCUGCCGGCCGAGGAAACCAUGACGACCGCCACGUCCCCCAUCCUGCUGAAAUGGGACCCCAAGAGUCUGGAGAUUCGAACCCUGACCGUGGAGAGGCUUCUGGAACCGCUGGUCACCCAGGUGACGACACUGGUAAACACCAGCAACAAAGGUCCUUCCAGUAAGAAGAAAGGCCGAUCCAAAAGGGCCCAUGUGCUGGCUGUAUCCGUGGAGCAGGCCACGCAGAACUUCCUGGAGAAGGGUGAGCAGAUAGCCAAGGACAGCCAGGACCUGAAGGACGAGCUGAUCGCCGCCGUGGAGGACGUACGCAAGCAAGGUGACACCAUGCGUGUAGCGUCCUCGGAGUUUGCCGACGAUCCCUGCUCCUCAGUGAAGCGUGGCACCAUGGUGCGGGCCGCCCGCGCCCUCCUGUCCGCCGUCACGCGCCUGCUCAUCCUCGCUGACAUGGCCGACGUCAUGAGGCUGCUGGCCCACCUGAAGAUUGUGGAAGAGGCCCUGGAGGCGGUCAAGAGCGCCACCAAUGAGCAGGACCUGGCGAACCGCUUCAAGGAGUUUGGGAGAGAGAUGGUGAAGCUGAACUACGUGGCGGCUCGCCGCCAGCAGGAACUGAAAGACCCCCAGUGCCGUGACGAGAUGGCGGCGGCCCGCGGGGCCCUGAAGAAGAACGCCACCAUGCUGUACACGGCGUCUCAGGCCUUCCUGCGGCACCCAGACGUGGCCGCUACGCGCGCCAACCGCGACUACGUCUUCAAGCAGGUGCAGGAGGCUUUGGGGGGCGUGGCUGGGGCAGCGCAGGCCGCCUCCCCCACUGACGAGAAGCAUGGCCACACCGGGAUCGGGGAGCUGGCGGCCGCCCUCAACGAAUUUGACAACAAGAUCAUCCUGGACCCGCUGACCUUCAGCGAGGCCCGGUUCCGCCCGUCGCUGGAGGAGCGCCUGGAGAGCAUCAUCAGCGGCGCCGCCCUCAUGGCGGACUCGUCCUGCACCCGCGACGACCGGCGCGAGCGCAUCGUGGCCGAGUGCAACGCGGUGCGGCAGGCACUGCAGGAUCUGCUCAGCGAGUACAUGAACAACACGGGCCGGAAGGAAAAGGGCGACCCUCUGAACACUGCCAUAGACAAGAUGACGAAGAAGACAAGGGACCUUCGCAGACAGCUGCGGAAGGCGGUGAUGGAUCACAUCUCAGACUCCUUCCUGGAGACCAAUGUUCCGCUGCUGGUCCUCAUCGAGGCAGCCAAGAGUGGCAAUGAGAAGGAGGUCAAGGAGUACGCCCAGGUGUUCCGCGAGCAUGCCAACAAAUUGGUGGAGUCCGGGCCUGCCUCACGCCUCUGCCCGCGAUGA